CUCAAAAUCCCUCUCUCUCUCUCUCUCUCUCUCUCUCUCUCGCACUGUAACAGUAAGUAAUGGUAAAAAUAGAACAAAAACUGACACAUAUCACGUGAUCACUUUCUCUCUCUCUUAACUCUCAAAUGGAGCUUUAAUUUCUCUAAAUCCAGGCGCCUUUUCUUUCCUUGUAUAGUCUUCGAUCACCCUUUUGCUUUGUGUCUUUGUUUUCUUGUGUUUGUUUUCUUUCACUAUCAGAGUAUUAAUUUUUAGCUCUCCUGGGUCUGUCUGUCCACAACUGGAAGUGUGGCUCAAGGAAAUGGGUUUCGUUUCCAGGAAGAUAUUUCCUGCCUGUGAGAGCAUGUGUGUGUGCUGCCCUGCUUUGAGGUCCAGAUCUCGUCAACCAGUUAAACGAUAUAAAAAACUGCUUGCUGAGAUAUUCCCUAAGUCUGAUGGCCCCCCGAAUGAAAGAAAAAUUGUUAAAUUAUGUGAAUAUGCUGCAAAGAAUCCUUUUCGAAUUCCAAAGAUUGCAAAAUAUCUGGAAGAAAGGUGCUGCAAGGAACUUAGAAGUGAGCACAUCAAGUUCAUUAAUACUGUCACAGAGACAUAUAAUAAGUUGCUCUGUGUUUGUAAGGAGCAGAUGGCAUACUUUGCUGUUAGUUUGUUGAAUGUGGUCAGUGAACUGUUGGACAAACCUAAGCAAGAUGCUUUGCUGAUACUUGGAUGCCAGACCUUAACAAGGUUUAUCUAUAGUCAGACAGAUGGAACUUACACGCAUAACAUUGAAAAAUUUGUUCAAAAAGUAUGUAAGCUGGCACGUGAGCAUGGGGACGAACAUCAUAAAAGCCGCUUGAGAGCAUCUAGCCUGCAGUGUCUUUCAGCAAUGGUGUGGUUCAUGGCAGAGUUCUUAUACAUUUUUGGUGCUUUUGACGAGAUUGUACAAGUCACCUUAGAUAACUAUGAGCCGGAUAAGCAUGAUGAUGAAAGAGGGGAACCACAGCAUAAUUGGGUGGACGAAGUAGUUAGAUCUGAGGGAAGAGGGGCGGCUGUCAGUUAUGAUACUAGCUCUAACUGCACAACCAUCAGACCCCGACCAGAAAAGAAAGAUCCUUCUCUUCUGACUGGGGAAGAGAUUGAGACACCUAGUGCAUGGGCUCGAAUUUGUAUUCAACGAAUGGCUGAACUAGCAAAAGAGAGCACAACAGUGCGCCAAGUAUUGGAUCCAAUGUUUGUUUAUUUUGAUUCUGGAAGGCACUGGGUUCCCCGCCAAGGGUUGUCCAUAGCAGUUUUGUCUGAUAUGUGCCACUUACUUGAGACUUCAGGGCAUCAGCAGUUGGUGUUAGCUGCUGUUGUACGCCAUCUGGACCACAAAAAUGUUGUGCAUGAUCCACAGCUCAAAUCUGAUGUCAUACAAGUUGCUGCAGUUUUAGCUAAGCAAAUUAGAUCAGAAACAGUGCUGGCUGAAAUUGGAUUUGUCAGUGACCUAUGCAGGCAUUUGAGGAAAAGUCUUCAGGCCACAGUUGAAUCUGCAGGAGAGCAAGAGUCAAAUAUGAAUGUCUUGCUCCAGAAUUCCAUUGAAGAUUGCUUGCUUGAAAUUGCUAGAGGGAUUGGGGACGCACACCCACUGUUUGACAUGAUGGCCAUAACGCUGGAGAAUCUGCCAUCUUCUGGAGUUGUUGCCCAUGCAACCAUUGGGUCAUUGAUUAUUCUUGCUCAUAUGAUUUCAUUAUCAUCAGUCACUUCCUGUUCACAGCAGGGUUUUCCAGAAGCACUUCUUAUCCAACUUUUGAAAGUAAUGCUGCAUCCAAAUGUUGAGGUGCGAGUUGGAGCACACCAGAUAUUAUCAGUGCUUCUCAUCCCAAGCUCUAGUCAUCCCCGCCAUGGAGUUAUACCUUUGCAAUCUGGUUAUAUUCGGGAACCGAGGAAUUCCAAUACUGCAUCUGCAUUUUCAUCUAUUGCAGCAUUACUUGAAAAGCUUCGGAGAGAGAAGGAUGGUACCAGAAUGGACAAGCAUAAAAACAAUGUUCCUGAUGAUUACAAAGAAAGAGAUGCAAUAGAAGAAGAUUGGAAGCAGGGGCAACUACGGAAGAAUUCCCCUAACUUUUACAAUAUAAGUUCUAUUAUUGAUAGAACCUCUGGGACAACAAGCUUGGCUGAGGCAGAGCCUUAUGUAAUGAAGCUUAGUGAGGAUCAAAUUGCACAAUUGCUGUCUGCCUUCUGGAUACAAGCCAAUCUUCCAGAUAACUUGCCCUCAAAUAUUGAAGCUAUAGCUCAUUCUUUCAUGCUGACACUUAUUUCCUCGCGACUGAAGAACCCAAGUAACAGCCUUGUGGUCCGCUUCUUUCAGCUCCCCCUAUCUCUCAGAAAUUUAUCCCUGGAUCGUAAUAAUGGGAUGUUACAUCCAGCAUGCCAGAGAUCAAUUUUUGUAUUAUCAACAGGAAUGUUAAUGUUUGCUGCUAAACUAUAUCAAAUUCCUGAGCUGAAUGAUCAACUCAAGUCAUUAGUUCCAAACAAUGUUGAUCCUUACAUUGGCAUUAGUGAUGACCUUCAAGUAUAUUUAAAGCCUCAGGUGGAUGUGAGAGAAUAUGGAUCCGCAACUGAUAAUCAACUAGCAUUAUCAUUACUCUUUGAGUUGCAGGGAAAAAUAUUUGAAUCUGACAAGGUUAUAAUGGAUACCUUAAUUCAGAACCUCUCUAAUGCUACUGAGCUGGAGGAGAAUGAUUUGGCAAGACAAUUGUCAGAACCAUUUACACCUGAUGAUGCAUUUGUCUUUGCUCCACGAUCUCUAUUUGAUCUGGACCACAGCCAGAUGGUUUCCCAUUCCAAGGAAUCACUCUCCUUUGAUGAGGAUAUUCCAACAGGCUCAUUGGCUGAGGAUGAUGCUGUAAGCGAAGCCUCUGUUGCAGACAUGUCCCGGUUCAUUCCCAAAAUGCCAUCAUCCCCUUCAGUUUCCCAUGUCAUUAGCAUUGGGCAACUUUUGGAAUCGGCACUUGAAGUAGCUGGUCAAGUGGCAGGAGCAUCUAUCUCUACCUCACCCCUCCCAUAUGACACCAUGGCUAAACAAUGUGAAGAUCUUGGCAAAGGCACAAGAAAGAAGCUUUCCAAUUGGUUGUCCCAUGAGUAUCAUUACACUAGAGGAGCUGACAAAUUUUUACCAGCAGUUCCUGCAAAUGGGUGCCCUGAAUUAGAGAAGAUAAUGAGUAAUGUUGACAUUGGUCACGCAACCAUCAAGCCAACAGGCCCAUGCUUGGCUAUGAGGCUGCCUCCUGCUAGUCCUUUUGAUAACUUUCUCAAAGCUGCCGGAUGCUAAAAGAGAUCAGCAACAUGCAUAUGCUCGGCUAUCAAUGUUGUAAAGGUGUUAGGUAGGAAUUGGGAAUUGUAGGCUACUUCUUGACUUGAACUUAGAGAUGAUUUGAGGGCUUCCAUGCCCAGUUAAUGUAUCCAAUGUAAAGUAGAUGUUGAGUCUUUAACUUGAGCAUUGUACUGAUAAGGAAUAGUAGGAUGGAAGUAUCUAAAGAUAUCUGCGAGGCCCUUUCUUGAUGUUA